AGUUAAUUAGUCAGAGAAGGUCAUUAUUGACACCUCAUGACAGGGUUUCCCAUAUAAACCUCCUUUACAAUGCGGACUGUCAAUUUAAGAGCCUCAUCAACCACUGUGGAAUCAAAUCCGGACCCCUAAAAGACUGCAACAUGUCCUCACGACCGAUCAGAAUCACCACAGCGGAGCAAACUAUCUUCAGUUCUGGGGGUCACGACCCCAGAAAAACCAGCACAGUCCUGGACCUGGUGAGUGGCUGCCAUGACCAGACCUCCAACACCGAUGCUGACCAUCCUUCAUCCAAACCCUGGGAAGCAGGGCAUCUUCCCAAAGUCCACUUGCCUACAAAGACCAGCGAGGACCGACGUGGAGAAAUGUCUUCACCGUUCUUUAGUUUACUGAGGAUUCCUAUCCUUUUGCUCUUGCUAUAUGGGUUUGUGUGUUCACUGGACAUCCUAAGCUCUGCUUUUCAGCUGGCUGGAGGCAAAGUGGCUGGAGACAUUUUCCAGGACAAUGCCAUCCUGUCCAAUCCCGUAGCAGGACUCAUGGUGGGGAUUCUGGUCACGGUUCUGGUCCAGAGCUCCAGUACUUCCACAUCCAUUAUAGUCAGCUUGGUCUCAUCUGGAUUGCUUGAAGUGAAGUCUGCUGUUCCCAUCAUUAUGGGCUCCAACAUCGGCACGUCUGUCACCAACACCAUCGUCGCCUUGAUGCAAGCAGGAGAGAGGAAUGAGUUUAAACGGGCUUUUGCCGGGGCGACGAUCCACGACUGUUUUAACUGGCUGUCUGUGCUGGUGAUGCUGCCGCUGGAGGUGGCGUCUGGUUUGGUGAGUUACCUGGCCAGAGUAACUGUCAGCAGCUUUCAGUUGCACAGUGGAGAAGAAGCACCUGAACUGCUUAAGACGCUCACCGAACCCUUCACCAAACUCAUAAUACAGCUGGAUAAAUCGGUAAUAACGGGCAUCGCUCUGGGCGACGAGUCCGUGAGGAAUCACAGCCUUGUGAAAGUCUGGUGCAAGUCGAGCAUCUUUGUGUCCUCAAUGAAUGUGACAGCAGCUGCUGCCAAGAACUGCUCCAGUGAACUGGAUUGUGGGAAGGACAGUGAUCUCACCUGGUUCACACAAAAUAUCACCUCGCAGAUCAACACAGAGAAAUGCCGGCAUCUGUUUGUGGACUCUGGUUUGUCAGACCUGGCGGUGGGACUCAUUUUGUUAGCCAGCUCUCUGAUGGUGCUGUGCACCUGCCUGCUGCUCAUCGUCAAAGUGCUGAACUCUCUCCUCAAAGGUCAAGUCGCAAAGGUCAUCGAAGGGGUCAUCAACACGGAUUUCCCAUACCCUCUCGGCUGGCUGUCAGGAUAUCUGGCCAUGUUGAUGGGAGCAGGAAUGACCUUUAUCAUCCAGAGCAGCUCUGUUUUCACCUCGGCCAUGACUCCACUCAUAGGUAUUGGAGUGAUCAGUCUCAACAGAGCGUAUCCCUUGACCUUGGGUUCCAACAUUGGCACGACCACCACGGCCAUCCUCGCAGCUCUCGCCAGCCCCAGAGAGAAGCUUCCUGCUGCCUGCCAGAUUGCCUUGUGUCAUUUUUACUUCAAUAUUUUUGGGAUUUUACUGUGGUAUCCAUUCCCAUUUACUCGUCUGCCCAUCCGAAUGGCGUCUGCGCUGGGCGAACGCACUGCCAAGUACCGCUGGUUUGCUGUGCUGUACCUUCUGGUCUGUUUUCUACUGCUGCCUUGCCUCGUGUUCGGCAUCUCUCUGGCCGGAUGGCAGGCCAUGGUCGGCGUGGGUGCGCCGUUCGUCGCGCUCACCAUCUUCGUCCUCCUGGUCAACCUGAUGCAGUCCCACAGUCCCACGCACCUGCCGAAGACACUGCGCAGCUGGGACUUUCUCCCGCAGUGGAUGCGCUCUCUUAAACCGCUGGACAAGCUCAUUACCAAAACGACGGCGCUGUGCUGUAGUCCAGCUCGACUUAAUGACCCAGAUGUGGUUGUAGUGACUCCAGACACAACAAACAUCAAGCCAGAAUCAAAGAAACAAACCGAACAGUGGUACGACAACCCUGCCCUGUCCCUACCUGAGGAGAUCUCCUCAGAGCCAAAAGUGUUUAGACUUAGAGGACUAGAAAGAUGCAACAGCACACCAUUGUAGAUUUGUAGUCAUUCCAAAAUAAACCAUCAUGGUCUAAAUGGUCAGUCUCAGAUUUAAUCUCUGUUCCAAAACAGAUUAAAUAUUAUUACAAUUUAAAAUAACUCUUUUCUCUUUGAAUAUAUUUCAAAAUGUCAUUCUUGUGAUGAAAAGCUGAAUUUUCAGCAUCAUUAGCAUCAGUGUCACAUGAUCUUUCAAAAAUCAUUCUAAUAUGCCAAACUCUUUCUUCUUUCACUAGGUUUUGCAACAGAUGCUUAGUUUUACAUACGGUGCUUAUUCAAAGUCCAAAUGCACUUUUUGAGCAAAUCAUUCUCAUUUUAUUCACCGUAAUAUUUUUACAAUAGAUUCAGAGAAUUAUAUGAAGCUCUAGCUUGAGGCCAUUGUCUCUGAGGAAUCUGGGUGAACAUUUUGUUGUUUUGUCCUGCAGUCAUGCAUGAAUGUUUAUUAUCUGCAGCGCUGUGUAAAUCUCGCUGAAUAAGCGGUUUGACAGUCUGCACCGACAGACGGGAUCUGUAUGGCACAAACAUAAUAACUCAGGGCCAUCCCACCAUGCCUUGUGUUAUUAAAUAUACAGAUAUUAAAACCCAAAUAGUUUGCUUUUUUUAGUUUUCUUGCAUAAUGUUAAUGAGAGAACGGACCAUAUGGAGUAUUAUUGGAAAAUAGUUUUUAAUUAAGCAUUAAACCUUCUCCAGUGUUUUGUAUUAAAGUUCAUUUUAAAGCUGAAUAUUUGCUUUACUUACAAAAUGCUGAAAUUGCAAGAAAACUGUUUUAGAAACACUGAAAUUUCAUUAAGUAUUUCUUCAUAGUCAAAAAUGCAUCAUUUUAGAUAAAUGUUCAGGAACAGAUCUGAUAUUUUUAAAGAUACAGUAGAAGUCAAAAGUUUACAGAAUCUGCAAAAUGUUAAUUAUUUUACCAAAAUAAGAGGGAUCAUACAAAAUGCACGUUAUUUUUUAUUUAGUACUGACCUGAAUAAGAUAUUUCACAUUUCACAGAUGUAUUUUUUUGUUUAGUGAUAAUUGUUCAUGAGUUCCUUGUUUGUCCUGAACGGUUAAAACUACUUCAGGUCCUACAAGUUCUUUGGUUUUCCAGCAUUUUUGUGUAUUUGAGCCUAUUCCAACAAUGACUGUAUGAUUUUGAGACUAUUACAGAAGGUUCAAAAACUCACAGAUGCUCCAGAAGGAAGAAGCGAUGCUUUAAAAGCCGGGGGGUGAAAACAUUUUGAAUUUGAAAACCAGGGUAAAUUGAACUUUUUUUGUCUUCUGGAAAACAUGUAAGUAUCUUCUGUAGCUUCUGAAGGGCAGUACUAAAUGAAAAAAAGGUAUUUAGGCAAAAUAAGAAAAACGUACACAUCUUGAUUCUGUUCCCCCCAGCUGAAAAACCAAAAUAAUUGUGGGACCUGAACAUUUUUUCUGAAGAACAGCAGGCAGUUUAACUGUUCAGGAUAAAAAAGUCUACUCUACACUGUCCUGUACAAAUAAAGGCAUAAAAAGCCCAUAUAUAAAUCUUUAAAAAAAAAAAAAGUAUCAAGUGUAUGUAAACUAUUAUUUUCUCUUGUGGACUAUAUGUAAACAUCUUUUAUGUGAAAUAUCUUAUUCAGGUCAGUACUUAAUAAAAAAUAAAAUGCAUUUUGGAUGAUCCUCUUAUUUUGGUAAAAUAAUUAACAUUUUGCAGAUUCUGCAAGGUAUAUGUAAACUUUUGACUUUGCAUGAAAGCAUGCAUGUUAUUUUGGUGUAAAUGUUCUUUUAUGUUGCAAUUUCUACAUUGAAAUAAACAUUUAUUUGAAAAUAACAUUUCAUACAAUGCUGGUAAAACCUACCUAAAACAACCUAAGUUGGUCUUAGCUGGUUUAAGCCAGUCUCCCAGUUUUACAAAACCAAGAGACUGGCUAGGACCUCCAAACCAGCUCAGACUGAGUCUCCAGCAGGGUACUGCAUAAUGCAUCCUGUUUCUCAUGCUAUUUUUUAUGCAGUAUAUAGUAACCAUUGUUUUCAAUAAGUUCCAUUUUGAAAACCAGAUGUGAUGUUAAUUCCCAGGUAGCAUCUCAUGCUAGGGUCCGCGUGACAGGCUGCACGCUAAUUAUCUGGAUACUGUGGAGAUGACAUUUCAGAUGUUUUUAUAGCCGCAUUGACUCACAGAAACGAACACAAACACACGUAGACUACCGUUGAGAUGAAUGGGAAUGCUAACGGAUAGCGCUCUCCGGGUGUCACAUACUUCCUUUGCUGAUACUGCAGUUAAUAGUUGCGUGUGUAAAAAUACUAUAAUUUAAACAGUUGCACAACAGUGUCAGUCCGUGCAGAAGAUGUGGAACGUGCAACGCACAUUAGGUUAAUUUAAGGGCAGAGGGCAAGUUUUCAUCAUUUUAAUGAUGGGCUUUGCCUUAAUGUACUAGUUAAAACAAUUCUUAUAGUCAGUUGCUCACCAAUGGAUCCUCUGCAGUGAAUGGGUGCCAGAAUGCGAGUCUAAACAGCUGAUAAAUAAAUCACAGUAAUCCACAAGUAGUCCACACCAUUCCAGUCCAGGUAAUGUCUUGUGAUGUGAAAUGCAUGUUUGUAAGAAACAAAUCCAGCUUUUUAUGUGCUUUAGCUUCAACACAUUGCUUCAGGCCAAAAUAUGAGUCCAUAAUCCAUAAUAACACGUCCAUGAUUCAGACCAGACAAGUUUUGUUUUACUGGAGGAAAAAAUAUAGAUAGAGGACUUAUAUUUUACUUUUUAGAGAGGAUUGGUGAGCCAGUUAUGUAAUGCUAAAUUUCUCAAAAUCUGUUCUGAUGAAGAAAUAAACUCUACAUUUUGGAUGACCUGAGGGUGAGUACAUUUUCAGAAAAUUUUCAUUUUUGUGUGAAUUACGCCUUUAAGUAUCCAUGGGUCAGUUCUUAGGACGCAAAUCCAACUCAAACAUUUUUGAUGAAAAAUUAUAGUUGAAUCCACAUCCAGGCUUAAUCUAUUAUUUUAAUUGGGGUCUGAAUGACGGGUCUUUUAUGUCUUGGGUCAAGGAGUAAAAGAGCUUAUUUAAACCAAAUGUUAGAGGUUUUUCUUGGGAACAGCACUGGAAACCUGAUAUGCUGAGGCUGUAUUGUGUGUUCAUAGGAGUGAAUGGUAGAUUAAGUGGUAUACGUGAAGGACGUAACACCAUUUUAAUUAAACGUCUGCCUGCCUGGGUCUUAUAAUGCGAGUUCCAGGUAUGCGACUGAAAGCUCAAGAUAGACUUCUGCCAAAUGCAAUGGAAGUAAUUAAGGUGAGAAUGUACUAAAU